CGCUCCGCUGCUCCAACAGCCUCACUCUGGAGGUGGAAAGUACCAGCGGAGGGCCGGUAAACGUGGCAUCAAGGGACCUCCCCCAACCCCCCCCUGUAUUUACCAACAACAGGCGUCUAUUUCCCAACACUGUACCGUCCUGGCGCACGGACUCGCUCUGAAUAAAACUCCCCUCUACCUCGAGAAAUAAAUGCCAAGAGAAACAACACAAGAGCCAACAGAUAAGGACCCCUGCUCGGAAGAAGUGGAGCGCAAGAGUCGGACAAACACGUAAAGAAAAAACAGAAAACACCAAGAAAAGCGCACGGAUCGUCGCCGUUGCCUUUCUCAAUGCAUACCCUUUGUGCCCGGGGAACGAUGAAACCAGAGAUCAGCGCCGCCGUGGGAUUUCUGUCGAGAUUUCUGCGGGUAAAAGGACACGUAAACGAUCGACAGGUCCAAACAUUCAGCCAAAGCUUACAGGACAUUUUGGCAGAGCAAUAUAAGCACCACUGGUUCCCAGACAGGCCCUGCAAGGGUUCAGGUUACAGAUGCAUCCGUAUCAACCACAAGAUGGACCCACUGGUGGGGCAGGCGGGCCAGCGCAUCGGCCUGACCAUCCAGCAACUCUACCUGCUGCUGCCCAGUGAGCUCACGCUCUGGGUGGACCCCUUCGAGGUGUCCUACCGCAUCGGCGAGGACGGCUCCAUCUGCGUCCUGUACGAGUCGCAGCCCUGCUCCGUAGGAAUGCCGACAAUGGCCACCGCCAGCUCCCCCUCAGGAAACAGCGGGGUGGUGAGCCCCAUGGUGGACAGUCACAUCAGCUGCAAGGAGGAACUGAUGGUGCUGGGCAGAGCCAGUCCCUCCAAAGCCUACAAUAUGAUGACUGUGUCCAGUUAAAGAGGCACACACCGUCACCAUCCCCGGCCUACUUUUGUUCAGGGUCACGUCGUGGCUGGUCAGAUCGUGUGAUCAGAUCAGGGUGAGCCUUUUUAAAGCUAAGAAUAUGAAAUGAAAUAGUGAAAGAAGAAAAAAGAAAAAAAAACACAGAGGAUGUGGCCUAUCGUCCAGGUGAUGGAAACCUUGUAGGUUUGAUAUUUUUUACCCUCUCCCCCCAUUAUCAUCUGUUCUGUUGUGUCAUUGGAUCAGCUGGGCACUCCGUUUUUCUAGGAGAGGCUUUAUGGAAAUGGAACUGUUGGGGCAGCUAAACCAACCAACCAACCAGGAACCCCCAUGGAGACUGGCUCCCCUUACCCCCCCCUCGACUGUAAACAACAUGGUGAUCAGCUCCAUCUCUGAAGGGGCUAUCCUUGACUUUGCACUUUCUUACUUGUGGUUACUAUGGGUACACGUUCAACACACCACCGCAAAACACCAAACCCUAAAUUGUAAGGAGUUUUUAUCAGGAACUACCCCUUGAAUUUCAAAAUCCAGAGGUUAUUCAGUUUGUUUUAUUUCCUGGGCAGGGAGGAAGUUGACGUUCAGACUGAGCCUUUCACAAUCCAAGCUCAAGGUAAAGAAACACCCAAUGAGAGCAUCUCUAUUUUCUAUAAGACCCCCCUUUUUGGACCACAGGGAAUUUCUUUAUCUUGUAGCUGGGAAAAAAAAGGCUUCCAGUCUCAACUUCGCCCCCCCCCCCCCCCUUUUUUUACCAUCAACACCGAGCCUCAGAAAAUCUUCAUCUCAACGGUCUGUCGGCCUGUAUGUAAGUGCAAGUGGAAUGUGUUGUGACACCUGUGGACACCGGUGUGUCCUGUUGCACUGUCGCCCUCACAUCACCCAUGUAUGUGUAGCUUUGCAGGGGGAGGGCAGGGGACGCGUCUCCUCCCCCCUCCCCCCAAGUUAAUGAAUGUUGUUGAAAAUCACAAUCAAGUUCCUGUGUUGUUAAUUUUGCCCCCUUUUCCCCCUCCCACCACUUUGUCAUCUCCUGCAUCACCAAAAUUCAAAGUGUAGCAAAAAGGGGGGCCUCUUUUACCCAAAUUUUGGUCAUUUGGUGGCCCUGUUAGAAUUGACAUUGAAUGCACUUUGACGUGAGAUUGUGUGGGAUGUGUACUUUUUUUUUUAAAAGGAGAAAAUCGCCUGCAUUCCAUCCAUUCGAAUGUCAUCUUUUCACGCCGUUUUUAUUGCCCUCCCCAGAUUUUUAGCCGUUUGUUCAUACUGUAGCUCCCAUGUCGGGGUAGACUCGUGUCUAUUGAAUCGGGAGUGUGCAACUCUGGAUUUCAACUUUUUUUUUUUUACACUGUAUUUGUGAACAUUUCAGAGCUGUUGAUUUUAGGCGGAGAGUAUUUUUGGUGGUAUGUUAGAAACAUUCUGUCAUCCGUUCAUAUGGCACUGUUCGCUCUGGCAGGAUGCAGAGCUAAGCUGUUUCCCCCCUCAGACACACACAGAUGGUGAUUUGUGUUGCUGAUAGAAAAGAAAAGUUAGUCUGAAAGGUCUGGACUAAGUGAUGACUGUGUGAGACUUUGGCCAAAGGGAGGUCUGGAGCACCGACUGUUCAGAGAUUAAUUUUAACUUGAAUUUAAAACAACACCAGGCCUUGUCAGCCUUCUAUUUUUCAUUUCUAUUUCCAAGGUCUUGUAAAAAGGAGACUUAUGUGUGCAGUGGAGGUGCAUUGCCUUACAAAGACCUCAUUGUCAUGAAGCCAUUCGUGGUUUUUUAACUAUUAUCAGGCUUACGUGAGCCGGCCUGGUUCAUGUGCUGCCCGGACGCUCGCUGGAGGCGUCCAUAUUCCAGCCUGGCAGCUUCAAAUCCCCCCCUCGCCCGGACGGGUGCGGGGGUUAGAGUGCCUCAAGUGCCACAUAUCACCCCUCAGCUCAGACCUCCUGUUCAGCCAAAAGCAAGCCAGCAUGCUGCUAGCUGACCCCCUGUGGAUGCAGGUAGACUUAAUGUGACACAUAUCAUCAUCCAUCACCGCGAGGAGCUGGGUAGAGGAAGGCGGGGAUGGGGAGCUGGUGUGAGAGAGAGGGGGCCAGGGCCGGACUCUUUUUGUCCAGGGCAGCUAAAAUCCCUCCAGCCCCCUCUCUGGACUUAUUCAACAUCCCCCCACCAAGUCCUCGACCCUCCCUCAGCAGUGAUGGAUAAAAAACAAACCAGCACACGCGCUUGGCGUGCACAAGCUGCACUAGGGGGGCUAGUGAGAGACGAGGAAACAUGGAUCAAAGAUGAAGAAUUGAGGGUACUAGGCCAUUGUUUUCAUCUCACUGGAAUGCGCUGCACUUGAUUACUGAGUUUGAGUAGCAACUUUGUUUACAUAUGAAAGGGUGUGAUGGCUGUCUGACGUACCCCCACUUCACUCCUGGUUGUGGGGCUGAUUGGUUAACAGCAAGCUGGAACAGAUGCCGGGCCGGCUUCGGGUGCUGUUCGGGGCCUUAGCCGCCGGCCAAAUCUGUCACGGCAGGCUGGUUCACCGCUCAUCACCAGACCUAUGGGUGUUUAAGCUCCCCUAAGCCUGAGAGGAUCAUGGGUAAUAGAGCUAUAGCCUUUGACGCACUGCAACCCCUAACCCCCUUCCCCUGCUCUCUGCUGAUACUCCCUUCAGCAAUCUGUGAAAAGCAGUGAUUCCAUGUUGGCCAGAUGGAGAGGAGCUCGCUGGGAUGGGAGCCCAGAGCUUUCAUGGUGGACACCCGUUUUAAAAUCACGCUGCUCCAUUAUAGCUUUUUAUGUCACGUGACAGGAUGUUAUGAGAUUGGUCUAUAUUUCGGACACGAGGCGAUCGUCUCGUCUCACUUUUCUCUUGAUGUAUUUUACAGUCACACUGGUAGAUUUUCUCAUCUUUCCACUCUGCCAUCCCCAUUUUCUCCUCUUCAUCCUCUCUUUUUAAGAGGAUUUUUAGUCUGGUGAUCUAACCCACUUUUAACUGACUGUUUUUUUUUUUUAAAGCUACAAAAAUGUCAAAAAAUCCCCUUAGACACCUUCUCAACUGUACCACCACCACCACCACCCAAAAUGGUUUAAGUCCUCAGUAAUAUUGAUUAUUUAAAUGGCAUCCAUUCAGCUUGAGCGCACAUAGGUUACAGAAAUGUCGUGAGAGUGCUUUGAGUAGUCAGAGGUAAAAAUAGCACAUAAAAUGCACUAAAUAUGUCAAGUUGAAGUUGUGUGACUUUUUUUUCGAGACGCGAGGAGUCUCUCCUGGAAUGUAUUGCCAAACUCAGGCCUCGGACAUUCAAUAAAUACCCGUGUGGAGAAGUUGUGCAUGUUAAGACAUGAAACAGGAAGGGAACAGCAGUUUCGUUGUUGUCGUUGUCGUCGUCAAAAAUUGUCAUCGAUGAGUUGAAUUAUUGCCACUUUCACAUUUGAGGUGUUUUACAUAUUGUAGAAUGUAUUGUAACUGUACAACAUAUGGUAGAGUACAUAACAUUACACAUGGGAAGUGCCAAUAAUUGCUAUCCUGAGGUGUUUUUAGAUUUAUUCCUUUUUGUAUUUCAUCUUUUAACAUGGAUAACGCUUUUCGUAAGUGAAGCCAUUUGUGAUGGGAGUGUUGGCAAGGACCAAAGUUGUUUUGGUAAAAAAAAAAAAAAAACUUAGUUUCCAUGAUCUGUAAGUGUAGACGUAUCCUUUUGUUGUUUUUUUUUCUUUUCAGUUUUUCCUUUUUUUUUCUAUUUACGUACAAAACCAGAAAAUAGACAAAAAAAUCUGAGCUUACCCAAGAAGAAAAGCUGUCUAUCUUGUGAUCUCAUGUCAGUACAUCUUUAUCGUGUUCAGUUUCUUUUCCUUGGGUAUGUUGUGAUGAACUGCUGUAAAUUUGUACAGUUCAUGUAAAUUGAUUGUGCGGAAGUUGUACAGAUUUCUAUAUUUUGGAAGAAAAGUUUUUUUUCUCUGUAAUAAAAGAUUUCCUAUCUUGGCAUCAUA